GUUCCAGAUUCUGUCGCCGACUCGCGUCACGCGCACCGCUCGCAUUACGGAUCACAUUUCACAUUCACGGAGCCAGCAGCAACAAACUUUAAAAUGCGGACUUUGUUAGUGUUUGUUUCCCUAGGAAUUGUUUUCGGGAGUCACACAGUGACUGGGGCCUUGUCAUUUAGAGGCCAUGGGUUUCAAGAAACGGAGGACUGGGCUUAUGUCAAUGUGCGUCAGGAUGCCUACAUGUUUUGGUGGCUGUAUCAAGCACAGAAGAAUCCACAAUCUGCUCCAGUAGUCAUCUGGCUACAGGGCGGUCCUGGUGGUUCUUCGACUGGCUUUGGUAACUUCAUGGAGAUCGGUCCACAAGAUGUAAACUUGAAGCCAAGAAAUGCCACCUGGGUGGAGACAGCCAAUGUUCUUUUUAUUGACAACCCUGUUGGGACAGGAUACAGCUACACAACAUCUCCCAAUGCUUUUGCCACCAACAACACCCAGAUUGGAAAAGAUUUAGUUACACUUAUGAUUAGCUUCUACAAGCGCCACCCCGAAUUAAAGGAAAAUCGUCUAUACAUAUUCUGUGAAUCCUAUGGAGGAAAGAUGACAGCCGGCUUUGCCCAGGCUCUAUUGCAGGCCAUAAAAGCAGGAGAAAUCAGCUGCAAUUUCCAGGGAGUGGCCCUCGGUGACUCCUGGAUUUCACCUGUUGAUUCUGUGAACUCCUGGGGACCAUAUCUUUAUUCAAUUUCAUUGCUGGAUAACAAGGGACUGAAGGCUGUCAAUACAGCAGCCAAGGCUGUUGAAGAUGCCUUCAAUCAAGGAAAAUAUGCUGAGGCCACGGACAAGUGGAGUUCAUGUGAGGACGUGGUUGAAAACCAAACUGAUGGUGUCAACUUUUACAACAUUCUGACUAACUAUGGAGAGAGCCUGUAUGAACGUCUGGACAGCCAGCCACACCUCACCCCACUCGAAAAGUUAUACCGAAGACAUGUUAAACCACUUCAGCAGGGCGACCUGAAUGCUUUGAUGAAUGGCCCAAUAAAGAAGAAGCUUGGAAUUCCUAACAAUGUCACAUGGGGAGGUCAGGCUGAUGAAGUGUUUUCUCAUCUAAGGGUUGAUUUUAUGAAGCCAGUGUACGAUGUUGUUGAUAGUCUGCUAGAUUCUAAUCUUUCUGUGGUUGUGUAUAGUGGUCAACUAGAUCUGAUAGUUGACACAGUAGGCACUGAAGUGUGGGUGCAGAAGUUGAAAUGGAGUGGUCUUCCUUCCUACAACAACAGCUCUUGGAAAUCCAUCCUUGUUUAUUCUCAGAAGCGAGCAGCAUUUGUCAAGUCCUACCAGAAUUUUGCUUUCUACUGGAUCAUGAAGGCAGGACACAUGGUUCCUGCUGAUGCUCCAGGGACAGCAUACAAGAUGAUGCAGAUGGUCACUAAGUUGGUAUAACCACGCAGCAAUACUUAAACGAGAUGAGUGUACUAAGUGUUGGGACCUAAUUGCUGAAAUAGUCUUAUAAAUAGAAAAGAAAAGCUCCAAAAUAAAAUAGGAUAAAAAGUAGACGUUAAGUGAAUCAAAAUAAUGAAUUUACUGUAGUAUUUCAUGCUACCUCUGUGCCAUGAAGAAGCCGGCCCAAGCUUUGCAACUUAUUGGUUGUUCAACUUGGACUCUUUGCAGCAUGUAACAUCUGUUAGCAUAAUGAAGAAGUCACUGUGAAGAGUGUAUGACUACAUGAAAAGUAAUGAAUUUUAUAAGUAAUACGUGAUGCAUUGGAAGAUAUAAUGAAGUGAUGUUUAUAUUGGGCCCUCACUGAAAAGCUUUAUGUAUAAUUCAAGAUUAGGCCAAAAAACAGUUCUGUUUCCUAUUACUUUCAUGAAGGGUCGAUAGGUCAAAUAUUUGGUUGGGAAGAAGCUAGUUUACAUUUGUUCGUGCCGAUUGAAUGGGGUAUUCAAUUAUAUGCUGAUUUAAGCCGGCAGUUUUUCCGUUAGCAUUAAUAAACAAAAAGGUCGAUGAUGCUGAAUGAAUAAAUGAAAAUUUAGGUCGUGCGCGCCACUAUACAUAACACUAGUCACGACGAGCAGCUGGCCAACAAUGUCGGCGUAUAGAUGUACAAGUAUUGUGUUGUAAGCAUGGUUCAUUCGGGCGGGCGAUGAACUUUCAUGCUGCGGCAGAAAUUUUAUGGAAACACGCUCAUUUCAAAUACGAGUAGCAAAACUUCAAACUAAAUACGUGAACGAGUGAAAUACGUACAUAUACAAGAGGUCAAGUCCUGCGAAUUAACUUGCGGGAAUCUUCUUUCUCCAUCGUUGUUUUUCGACCUGUAGCAUCACGGUAGCAUACAUGUACAUGUGGUAAUGCCAUUUGGCGUGGCCGGCCGCGAUGUGCAUUGACUGGUUGCCGCAUUUUCAUAACGCGUCCAUUGGCUACUUUUUUUAGUCUGCUGUGCAAUGGGAACCAGUACAGCAAUGCUUUAUUGAUGUUAACGCAUGUGUUUUUCAUCACAGCGACUAAAGGAACUUGUGAAAACAAAACCAGCGAAUGUUACUUGACAGAAAAAUUUAAUGCAAAUGUAUAUUAAAACAUAAAGUUUGUUGAGAUGCGUUUCGUGAAGACAGAAAAGGAUUUUUAAGCAUUUUGAUAUUUUUAAACUUGCUGGUAGAAAGUAAAUCGCAAAUUAAUGUUAUACCAUAAAGAUAUAUGUAUGCAUCGGUUACAUAAAACAAGUAAGAAGUGAUCUUUAUUUCACACGCUCUGAAAAGAGCUUUUUCCUUGUCAUGUUGCCAGAGUAGAGUCUCGGUGGAAAUUUGUAGUAUGGUGGGCUUGUAAACUCAGGAUUUAUGAACAGGAGUGUUUAGAGCGUCAUGAAAUAUAUUUUAUUGUGAAAUCUUAGAUACAAAUAUAUCGUCUAACAAGGCACAAAAAGUGAUAAAUCAAAGUGCACCCCCUUUAGAUCAGCCAUGCCAUUAGAGGUAGGCCUGCAUGGAAUAACAGUAUUAAAUUUAACAUAAUUCAGGAGUAGUUGGAACUUAGGAAAAAUUUCAUACCUCGUCAAAAUUUUGUUUUGUUUGUACGUAUAAAUUAAACGAACUCAAAGAGAUGUAACAAUUA